AUGAAGAAUUUAGGUGCGGUAGAAAGUGAUACCUGUGGACUAUGUCAAGAGAAGGAAACAUCGGAACAUAUUCUAUGCAAUUGCUCAAUGGCGGCAAGACGUAGACUUAACUACCUUGGAAGCUUGAUCUUGUUUUUAAAUCAAAUAGCGUUAUCCGAAAUUAUAAAUGGCUUGAAACCCUGACAGUUGGCUAUACUCACAGUACCACAUGACACCUCACAGAGUGAUCAUACAAGUGUUGAUGAAAAUCUACAGAGAGAUGUGGAUGACUUUAUCUUUCAGCUACAUAAGUUGUACUUCAAAUCUGUUAUAUUCUACAAUGUUGAACUAUUCUUCGAGUUUAUAGAAAUAAGUCUACAAGGUUCCAUAGAGAGUGUAAAUUUGAUUUUCACAUUACCUUAUGAACUUUCUGCUCGCAUACAUGAAAGAAAGUUAUCGCACCGCUUAAGCUUGUUCAUAUUCUAUUGGGGUGCUACGCAGCCACCCAAAUCCAAUGAAGUACGUUUCGAAGAACCUAUUAGAGCUGUGGUCAUAACACGACCUAGACGUAAAGCUUUUAGAAUUUAUUAUAAUCAAGCUGUACCCCAAGGUGAUAGCAAUUUACGUUUGGUGAACUGGUAUGAUGGUGAAAAUUUGGGACUACAAAAAAUUCCUUUACUUCCAAAUGCAGCCGUUGUAUAUCAAAAUUUCAAAGGUCGGGUUUUUCGUGUACCAGUUUUUCAUUCUCCACCGUGGUUCUGGGUUAAUUAUGAUAAUGAAACCAAUACCAACAACACAAUUUAUGAAGAUGCAAUAUCAGACUGUGAAAUCGAAUGUAUGGAAGUUAAUGUUACUGGUGGCCGUGACCAUCGUUUACUGACAUUACUGGCGAAACAUAUGAACUUUCGGUUUGUUUAUAUUGAAACUCCUGGGAGAACUCAAGGGUCAUUGCGCAAUGAUGGUGAUGCUAAUGAGAGUUUUACAGGAGGCAUUGGUUUGCUUCAAGCUGGAAUCGCACACUUUUUCUUAGGCGACGUUAGUCUUAGUUGGGAACGCCGUAAAGCUAUAGAAUUUUCAUUUUUCACAUUAGCAGACUCUGGUGCAUUUGCCACACAUGCUCCAAGACGUCUUAAUGAAGCAUUGGCAAUUUUAAGACCAUUUAAAAUGGAUGUAUGGCCAUAUCUAAUACUUCUUGUGCUGUUAUCGGGGCCAGUAUUCUAUGCCAUCAUUGCCAUACCCUAUCAAUGGGAAUAUUUACAGAAAAAUAAGCCCAAAACAAAACAAGCAAUUAUAUAUAAAAAUAAAAAUAUAUUUUAUAUGCCAUAUAUUAACGAAAUGGUCAUUAAAACCAAAAAAGUCCAGCUGCUUAUAAAUCAACAGGAAACGAAUCAAGUUGAGGAGUUAAGGCAGAGAAAAUCUUCACGCAUACCACACGACUUAUUAGAUCGCUGUAUUUGGUUUACAGUCCAACUUUUUUUAAAACAAUCCUGUCAGGAACUUUAUCAUGGGUAUCGGGCUAAAUUUCUUAUGAUUGUUUAUUGGAUUGCCGCCACAUAUGUAUUGGCCGAUGUUUAUUCUGCUCAAUUAACAUCACAAUUUGCACGACCUGCUCAUGAGCCACCCAUCAACACUUUACAGCGAUUACAAGCGGUUAUGAUGAGAGGUGGAUAUCAGCUGUUUGUAGAAAGGGAAAGUACCUCUCUAGAAAUGUUAGAGAAUGGUACAGAAAUAUUUCGACAACUUUUUGCUUUGAUGAAAAAACAGACUUAUGGUGAAGAUGGCUUUCUUAUAGAUUCCGUAGAAGAUGGUUUAAAAUUGAUUGCAGAUGGUUUGGAAAAUAAAGUUGUACUUGGCGGAAGAGAAACUUUAUAUUUCAACAUACAACAAUUCGGUUCAGAAAUCUUCCAACUGAGUCAUAAAUUGUUUACACGCUAUUCUGCGGUGGCGGUACAAAUUGGUUGCCCAUUUCUGGAUAGCCUUAAUAAUGUAUUAAUACACCUCUUCGAAGGUGGCAUCUUGGAUAAAAUGACUAGCGCUGAAUAUGCGGCACAAUCUCGUAUGCUAAGCAAGGAAAUGAGUAGUUCGAAAAGAAACAAAAUCGGUACAAAUACGAAUGCUAUGGACUUUGAUGGACGUCAAAGUAGUGCUCAUACAAAUUUAACUAAUACUAGCAAUAACAAUAGUUAUUUUAAUGAGAAAGAUGAUAAUGCUAUAAGCGAUGAGACGAAUCCUAAAACUGCACGAUCCCCCAAAGAGCACCAAAUAAUUCAACCAUUGAACUUAUGUAUGUUGCAGGGCGCAUUCAUUGCUUUAUUCUUCGGCUACAUUACAGCAAGUAUUAUAUUUAUUUUGGAGUUACUAUGCUAUCGUACAAAAACUAAUUUGAUUAAAAUAUUGAAGACAAAAGUAAGUGAAGCCCAUCGCUGGACUAUAAGAAAACUACGUAAAUUUAUGGACAACACUAUUUUUGGUUUUCAUUAA